AUGGCAGAACUUCGUGGAAUAUUGCUUAUGAGGGCACUUUUGUUCGCUUCAGUUUUUUGCCUUCUUACGCAAUCAGUACGAUCCGAUACCCCAGCAAACUGCACCUUUGAAGACAUUGUGGGAACCUGGGUGUUGUACGAAACGCCAAGGAACGGAGACCAUACAUUAGACUGUUUAAAUAACAAGGAAAAUGCUGUCAAUAAGGUGCAGUUACAACUACUCAAGCCAAAUGUAGCUGUUGACCAAUAUGGGAACAGAGGUCAUUGGACCUUAAUCUAUAAUCAGGGAUUUGAAAUAACAGUUAAUCAGCGUAUUUACUUUGCAUUCUCAAGUUUUGCACAGAAUGGUUCUGAAGUGUUAAGCUUUUGUGACAAAACCUUGGCUGGAUGGUCACAUGAUACCAUGACUCACAAUUGGGCCUGCUUUCAAGGCAAGCAUAUGGCACAAAGGGCACCAAAAAUUCAUUCCCAAAGCUUGGGCAAAAAUCUGAAUGGAAUUUAUGUAAGCAACACUGAGGUGAUCAACAGCAUCAACAAGAAACAGAAUUCUUGGACAGCUAAGGCGUAUUCGUGGAUGGAGGGCAUGAGUCAUGAAAACUUGCUGAAAAUGCGCGGUGGAAUCAAGUCCAAAAUUCAUUCCCGCCCACUAGUUGCACCCGUUUCUCCAUUUGUGCGCCGCCAAGCGGAAUUUCUUCCAGACGAAUGGGACUGGCGUAAUGUCAGUGGAGUAAACUACGUCCCUGCUGUCAAGAAUCAAGGAAGCUGUGGAAGUUGUUAUGCUUUCUCUUCUCUGGGUAUGCUUGAGUCACGUCUACGAGUUGCCACUAAGAAUCAGCUCCAGGUGAACUUCUCUCCGCAAGACAUUGUCAGCUGCUCGGCUUACAGUCAGGGUUGCGAGGGUGGCUUUCCUUAUUUGGUUGCUGGAAAAUACGCCCAAGAUCAUGGCGUUGUAGCUGAGGAAUGCUAUCCCUACACCGGUCGCGAUUCUACAUGCAGUGCCGCUAAGAAAUGUGGACGCACGUACGUUGCUAAAUAUCGUUACGUUGGUGGCUAUUAUGGCGCUUGCAACGAAGAGCUGAUGAAAUUAUCGCUCGUUGAAUCGGGUCCAUUGUCAGUUUCCUUCGAGGUUUAUCCCGAUUUUAUGCAUUAUGCUGGCGGUGUUUAUCAUCGCACGGAUGAGCUCUUGAAUCAAGUCAACAAAUACGACCCGUUUGAGCUAACUAAUCACGCCGUUCUUCUGGUCGGAUACGGCACCGAUGCAGAAACCAAAGAAGACUACUGGAUUGUCAAAAACAGCUGGGGUACGAGAUGGGGCGAGAAUGGAUUUUUCCGCAUUCGUCGUGGAGGCGACGAAUGUGGUAUCGAAUCUAUCGCCGUAGAAGUUACUCCUAUUCCAUAGGGAAAAAACGGAAGUGUGCCUUUACACUCAAUACAUUCAUUUAACCUUCAUUUGUUUUUCAAACCAAACAAUUUUUUUUUGUACCGAAUGAAGCGAAGGUGCUCAGUGGAAUAAACAAUACUUUCUUCCAUGCA